CUUGCUUCUCGUACUGAUCCGAAUGAGAACUUGAGGCGAUGAUGUUGAUACUGCAACCUUCGCUCUGAUACCACUUGUUACGUUUGAUCGUUGUAUCUUUGAUUCCGUUCGACUUGACUUGGCUAAGUAAAAGAAAGACAAAGCAAUUUGUUUGCCCAGUUCGUGGAUCCACCACUACGUCUGGGGGGAGGCUUUUGCUCCCAAUCCACUAUCAGAUCACCGGGAAUAAGCCUCCGGCGUGAUUACACUGCUCCGAUCUCACUAUCUCUUUGUUUACAGGUUACAAUAGAGAUAAGGAAAAGAGAUUACAAUCAAGGACUAUAGAUCGAUGAAGCUAUCUCCUGCUGAACUCGAUUCCACGCUCGAGGUUAUAAAGACGACGGCCCAACAUCUGUUCAACCAUACUCCUGAAACCCAAUAACCUAAGCUUUCUCUUCUUUCUGAUAGUGGACGGCCCAUGAAGAUAGACCCAGGAGAGUCAAAACAUAAGCCCAUACAACAAUACACACUUUUCACAUUUAGAAAGGCAUAAUAACUAACUCGGAACUACUAUUUAUAUUCUGAAAACUAAAUCAUAUGUUUUGACGAAAUUUUUUUCUCAAGAGGAAAUUUAACUUUAAAGACGAAGUUAUUAGAAACUAAGCAGACAUUGUGCAUUCGUAGACAUGGAAACAAUGCUGAAACUUUGCUCUUUUGAGUAUUUUUCCAAUGGGCACUGCUCGUCAGUGAAUGGUAGUUAGAUCACAAAGUUUAUAGCAUUAUAAUUGAUUAUCUUAUAUCAGAGCUAUUUGGUCACCAGUCUCAUUUAAGAUCUCCAGUAUAUUACUAUAGUAUUAACAGAAAAAUAUCAAACAACUUGUCAAUAACACAGCGCAUACAAUUAACAAACGAAAUUAUUUGAUUUGUUCUCCUCUCUCUCUCUCUCGCUCUCUAAUUAUUUUCUGGAGGCAGUUUUCUCGGAAAAUCAAACAGAGAAGACGAAGAAAAUCUGAAGCUAUUCAUUCGUCCUGCUGCAGCAGCAGCUACUCGUUUCGACUGAUCGAUCCCAGAGUAUGAGGCUUCCUUCCCCUAGUCCCGUUGAGCCGAGGCACCGUUUAUCAAGUCAAACCGAUGAGUCAAGCAAGAGGAGAUCUCUGAGAAAUCGAGAUGCUAAAGAUCUCGAAAAGGGAGGAUUACACGGCUCCUUUCACUAUAGAAACUGGACUGCCAAAUUCUCUACUCUGAAAGUUGUGUUGCUUCUCAUUGUCCUCGGAACUGUGUAUACUCUCUACCGUUCACCAGCAGUACACAUUGCAGAUCAUCCCUCCAAUAAUAACUCUAGUUUCGUCAACAGAUGGAUGAUAGAGUCAAGUGCAAUUGAUCCUCGCUAUGUAUCUACAGCUGAGAUAAACUGGGACCAUAUGUCAGACGUUGUAGAGAAGUUGACUGGAAAAGGCGGGUAUCAAGGAGUUGGCUUUAUAAAUCUUAACGAUGAUGAGGUUGCUCAGUGGAAGGAUCUCAUACCUGACUGUGACCAUGUUGCACUGCACCUGGGACAUAUGGCAAGUAACAUAACUUGGGAGUCCUUAUACCCUGAAUGGAUCGAUGAAGAGGAGCAGUUCGAAGUCCCCACUUGCCCUUCCCUUCCUUGGAUUCAAGUUCCUGGCAAGCCUCGGCUUGAUCUUGUUGUCGUCAAGCUUCCGUGCAACAAAGCAGGAAAGUGGUCGAGGGAUGUUGUUAGACUGCACUUGCAACUUGCAGCAGCCCGGGUGGCGGCCUCUUCUAAAGGGCUUCACGAUGUGCAUGUGCUUUUUAUUACUGAUUGCUUUCCCAUUCCUAAUCUUUUUAUUGGAAAGGAGCUUGUUGUCCGUCAAGGAAACCUAUGGCUGUUCAAGCCUAACCUUCACCAGCUGAGGCAAAAGGUGCAGCUGCCUAUUGGUUCCUGUGCACUCACAGUUCCACUUAAAGCUAAAGACACUUUCUACUCAGCAAGUGCAAAGAGAGAAGCAUAUGCCACCAUAUUGCACUCUGCUAAUUUUUAUGUGUGUGGAGCCAUAACAGCGGCACAGAGCAUUCGCAUGGCUGGCUCUACGCGAGACCUGGUGAUACUUGUUGAUGACUCGAUAACUGAGCACCAUAGAAGUGGCCUGGCUGCCGCUGGAUGGAAGAUCUAUUCUAUUCAAAGGAUCAGGAAUCCGAAAGCUGAAGCAGAAGCAUAUAACGAAUGGAACUACAGCAAGUUUCGUCUUUGGCAAUUGACUGAGUACGACAAGAUCAUCUUCAUUGAUGCUGAUAUGCUUAUCCUUAGGAACAUUGACUUCCUCUUUGAGAUGCCUGAGAUAUCUGCUACUGGAAACAACGCGACCCUCUUCAACUCCGGUGUGAUGGUGGUUGAGCCAUCAAACUCCACAUUCCAGCUACUUAUGGAUCACAUUAAUGAGAUCGUGUCGUACAAUGGAGGAGACCAAGGGUACCUUAACGAAGUAUAUACAUGGUGGCAUCGGAUCCCGAAACACAUGAACUUUCUGAAGCAUUUCUGGGAAGGUGAUGAGCCUGAGAUAAAGCAGAUGAAGACGCGUCUCUUUGGAACCGAUCCUCCUAUUCUCUACGUCCUCCAUUACCUUGGUAACAAACCUUGGCUAUGCUUCAGGGACUACGACUGCAACUGGAAUGUCGACAUUCUGCAGGAGUUUGCAAGCGAUGUAGCUCACAAAACCUGGUGGAGAGUGCACGACGCCAUGCCUGAGAACUUGCAGAAAUUCUGCCUGCUGAGAUCAAAACAGAAGGCGCAACUGGAAUGGGACAGGAUGCAAGCUGAGAAAGGAAACUACACAGAUGGACAUUGGAAGAUUAAGAUCAAAGACAAGCGACUAGAGACUUGUUAUGAAGAUUUCUGCUACUGGGAGAGUAUGCUUUGGCACUGGGGUGACAAGAACUGGACUGACAAUUCUACUAACACUUUAUCACCGCCACCAGCACUUAAAACUCCUCUUUCUUCACUGUAAGCUUUGUUAUUUCUUUACCGUAUAGUUUUACUUUUAUGGGUAUACCACAGCCAUAGUUCCGUUAUAGAUGUCGAGUUCCAUACCUUUGAUGGACCCAGUGAAUGUAAUUUGAUGUUGUGCACUGAAGUUCAUGCUUUAAAACAUCACGAGAAUCGAUUACAAUGAGUACCUUCUUCA